AUAAUUUUGCAAAGCUAUUUUUGGGGUCCUCUUAGAUUAAACAGACAUACAGUUAAAACAACUUGUCUGCUUCGGUAUAUUAAAUAGAUUUGCAAAAUUAUUCGGUUUUAGUAACAUAAAAAAAGUUUAUAUCCAUGGUGUUGUAAAUUACUUCAGUGAUGUUCCUCCUUAAAGUUUAAGCCAUGAACAGUAAAAUGGGGUUAGCUGAACUUGUCCCCGACAGUGAUUCAACAAAACUACAGGAGAGACAUUACUACUUGCUAUCUGAACUGCAAACUUUAGUCAAAGACUUACCAAGCUCCUUCCAGCAGCGGCUGACCUACAACACGCUGAGCGACCUGGCUUUAGCCCUCAUUGACGGCACAGUAUAUGAGAUUGUGCAGGGCCUCCUGGAUAUUCAGCAUCUGACAGAAAAAAAUCUGUACAACCAAAGGCAGAAGCUGCACUGUGAACAUCAAGCACUCAAACAAGAUCUGGUUCGAAAACACAAGGAUGCAUUACAGUCAUGCAAGCCGCACAACCUCUCACUUCUCAAGACAAGCCAACAAACUGAGCUUGAGGCUUUGGAAGUUCGGGUUCGCGAGGAGCAAAAAAUGAUGGAUAAGAAGAUUGUUGUAGAAAUGGACCAAAAAGUGACUGACCAGCAGAACACCUUGGAGAAGGCAGGAGUCCCAGGGUUUUACAUCACCACUAAUCCUCUGGAGCUCACGAUGCAGAUGAACCUGCUUGAACUGAUUCUCAAGCUUCAGCAGAAGGACUCGCAAGCCGGACUGCUAUGAGAAAGAUGUGCCAACAGAGGCAGUGUUUUCUAUGGUUUUCAUUUACAAAAGAUAAAAAAAAAAAAAGAUGUGAUCAAAGAUUUGGCCACAUCCUGGAAGAAUUAAGUUUUGGCCUGAAGGAGAACAGUGGGACAUUUUGACAGACCACAUCAUAGUUAAGAAAUGAUAAAAGUGGACCUAAUUCCUGUUAAUGCACUGUAAACAUUCUUAAGGACACUUUGCCUGUUAUUUCGUGCUGCGACUUAAAGCAGGGGGACAGUUUUGUUAAACACUUAUGUAUCUCUCAUUACCUUUCUGAGAAAUACCCACAGUUUUGAGUAUUUCCAUUUUUUUUUUUUUUUUUUUGCACUAAUCCACAAAACUUACUUUGUCCCAUGUGCACUUGGAAGUUUCAUCUGUUGUUAGUUUAUGGUCUGGUUUUAUUGAGUUUAGUGUUAUCAUGACACUUGUGAUCUUACUUUAGUUGUCAGUAAAGUUUUGUUUUUGUAAUUAUGUUCCUAAUGUAUGUUAAUCUGCUGAAACUGUGAAGAAUAAGUCUUUAGAUUAGUUUUGUUUUUUUGAACUAUUUCAUAAAUAAAACAGCUGGGCAAAAAAAUGGUCAACUCAUAAAAACUGCAUGUCACCCGAAGUCAUGAAUCACACUUUUGAAAGACCCAUUUUUUUCUGCUUCCUGAAGUGGACAUUGUUAAUAUGAGGAAUAAUCCCAUCAUCUGGAUAAACCUUAAGUAGAAAACUGCUUAAUAGAACUGAAACCUGUUCUCUAUGUACCACAAACAUACUGCAAAGCACAAAAUUAUAUUUCUGGUAGAUCUGUGUGUAAAUUAUCUUAGAUUAAAGUGUUCUUUUACC